CCCCACGUGGAGCUCGGAGAAGACCCUGCGCCUCUAAGGACCAGGCUGGGAGACACAUCAGGCCAGUGACUCCAAGUCCUCUAAAGCACACACCGUUUUCAACGCGUGCUUUGUGCGGCGGAAGAGAACGCAGCACAUUCCGAGCCAAGGUCAAGGCACGACCUCUCAAAACAGGAUCCCAUCCCCAACGAACUAAACAUAAAGCCGGCGCACCGCGAAGAUUACACCCUCGCACACCUGCCGCCACCGCGAAUGCACCCGGCUCCCGGCAUGCCCCGCGGCUGGCGGCGCGGCGCGCCUGCAGCACGAUAGGGGCGGGGCCUCGGCCGUAAAGCAGUGCCGGAAAUUACGUAGCUCUGGCGGCCCGGCGUCCUUGCGGUUUGGCGGGCGCGCCGUUAUGGCCGGCCCGGUGCGGGGCGGAGGGCCCCAGGCCUUGGACCUGCUGCGGGCCCUUCCUCGUGUGAGCCUGGCUAACCUGAGGCCGAACCCGGGCUCCAGGAAACCGGGAAGACGACCAAGAGGUCAGAGAAGAGGUAGGAAAUGUGGCAGAGGCCACAAGGGAGAACGACAGAGAGGAACCCGGCCCCGGCUGGGCUUUGAGGGAGGCCAGACUCCAUUUUACCUUCGAAUCCCAAAAUACGGGUUUAAUGAAGGACAUAGCUUCAGACGCCAGUAUCAGCCUUUGAGUCUCAACAGGCUGCAGUAUCUUAUCGAUUUGGGUCGAGUUGAUCCUACACAACCUAUUGAUUUAACCCAACUUGUCAAUGGGAGAGGCGUGACCAUCCAGCCAUCUAAAAGGGAUUAUGGUGUUCAGCUGGUAGAGGAGGGUGCUGACACCUUUAAGGCAAAAGUUAAUAUUGAAGUACAGCUGGCUUCAGAGCUGGCCAUCGCUGUGAUCGAGAAGAACGGGGGUGUCGUCACGACGGCCUUCUACGACCCUCGGAGCCUGGAAAUACUGUGCAAACCUAUUCCAUUCUUUCUCCGUGGACAACCCAUUCCCAAGCGAAUGCUCCCCCCUGAGGCACUGGUAACCUAUUACACUGAUGCAAGGAAUCGUGGUUACUUGGCGGAUCCUGCUGAAUUUCCUGAAGCGAGACUGGAGCUCGCCAAGAAGUAUGGUUAUAUCUUACCUGAUAUCACGAAAGACAAACUCUUCCAAAUGCUCAGCACUCGAAAAGAUCCAAGGCAGAUUUUCUUUGGUCUUGCUCCUGGGUGGGUAGUGAAUAUGGCAGAUAAGAAAAUCCUCAAACCUACGGAUGAGAAUCUCCUCAAGUACUACAGCUCCUGAGUUCCUUCCAAGAGAGCAGAUGGUAAAAGAGCACCAGAAAGGGACCGAAACACGUGUGUUUCCCGUUGCAUUUGCUUAAUUUGUAAUUCUGCAGAUGUUGGUGUUUUCUGUGUAAUCAUCUCUCUCUUUCUUAUCUAAAUUAAAAUAAAAAUACAGUAAGCAAGGACUGCA